CAUGACCUCCCGCAGGUGGUUUCAUCCCAACAUCAGUGGAAUCGAGGCAGAGAAGCUGCUGCUGACCAGGGGGGUCCAUGGCAGCUUUCUGGCUCGGCCCAGUAAGAGCAACCCAGGAGACUUCACCCUCUCCGUCAGGAGGAACAAUGAGGUUACGCACAUUAAGAUCCAGAACACGGGCGAUUACUAUGACCUGUACGGCGGGGAGAAGUUUGCCACCCUUGCAGAGCUGGUGCAGUACUACACGGAGCAGCAGGGCCUGCUCAGGGAGAAGAACAGCAACGUCAUCGAGCUCAAAUACCCUCUGAACUGCCAGGAUCCCACCUCGGAAAGGUGGUACCAUGGGCAUCUCACCGGCAAGGAAGCAGAGAAGCUCCUGACGGAGAAGGGAAAACCAGGUAGCUUCCUCGUGCGGGAGAGUCAGAGCAAACCAGGAGACUUUGUGUUGUCGGUGCUGACAAAUGAGGACAAGAUGGAGAGCGGGGAUCGGAAACCGCAUGUGACCCACGUGAUGAUCCACUACCAGCCAGAUGGGAAGUACGAUGUGGGAGGAGGAGAGAGGUUCGACACGCUCACGGACCUGGUGGAGCACUACAAGAAAAACCCAAUGGUGGAGAAAUCUGGAGCUGUGGUUCAUCUGAAGCAGCCAUUCAACGCCACGCGUAUUAAUGCAGCCAAUAUUGAGAACAGAGUGAAGGAGCUGAACAAAAUGGCAGAUCACAGCGAGAAGGCCAAGCAAGGCUUCUGGGAAGAGUUUGAGAUGCUCCAGCAGCAGGAGUGCAAGCUCCUCUACCCCAGGAAGGAGGGACAACGGCCAGAGAACAAGGCAAAAAAUCGCUACAAGAACAUCCUUCCCUUUGACACCACGCGCGUGGCGCUCCGAGACGUUGAUGAGAGCGUGCCUGGCUCCGACUACAUCAACGCCAACUACAUCAAGGGCAUCCCUGAAGACGGCAGGAACUCGGAGCACAGUAAGGUCUAUAUAGCCACCCAGGGCUGCCUGCAGACAACAGUGAAUGACUUCUGGGCCAUGGUGUAUCAGGAGAACAGCCACGUCAUCGUCAUGACCACCAAAGAAGUGGAGCGGGGCAGGAACAAGUGUUUCCGCUACUGGCCGGACAAGAGCAGCACCAAGGAGUACGGGUGCAUCUGCGUGAGGAACGUGAGCGAGCGCGAGGCCCAGGGCUACUACCUGCGGGAGCUGGAGAUCGCGCGGACGGACCGGGACGAGCGUCCCCGGCUGGUGAAGCAUUACCAGUACUUCAGCUGGCCGGACCACGGGGUGCCCAAUGAGCCAGGAGGGGUCUUGAGCUUUCUGGAUCAAGUGAAUCGGGCGCAGCGGAGCAUUCCUGACACGGGGCCCAUCAUCGUUCACUGCAGUGCUGGAAUAGGACGCACAGGCACCAUCAUAGUGAUAGAUAUUCUGGUGGAUAUUAUCCAUAGGCAAGGUUUAGACUGUGACAUCGACAUCCCCAAGACCAUCCAGAUGGUACGACGGCAGCGUUCGGGCAUGGUGCAGACAGAGGCUCAGUACAAGUUUGUUUACAUGGCAGUUCAGCAGUACAUCGAGGCCGAGCAGAAGAGGUUGGAAGAAGAGCAGCGGAGUAAAAGGAAAGAGCGAGACUACUUGAAUAUUGGAUAUUCUCCUAUGGAAAAAGGCAGAGCCAAAGGGCAGCCCCCUUCACCCAGAGCCCAGGCUGCGGUUGAUGAUGAGUCAGCUUCCGUGUACGAGAACCUGAACAUCAAAAGCCCAAAGGUUUCAGGGAUGAGUAACACGGGGCGAUAAAGGAGCCGGAGGUGAGCUGUGCGGAGCCUGUGCAGGAUUUACAGUGUUUACAUCCACCCUUUCCAAGUUCUGCCACUGUGGACAAUUUUGUUUUUUCUUGCCUAUCUUGCCUUCUCCAAGCACCUUGGAUUCAGUGAGGAAGGAAGAAGCUGACUGCAUCCGAAUGAAACGGAGCCUACGCCUUAAGAACACACCUUGCGCCAACGUAGUCAUGAGACAGAACUUACCCCGUCCUCCCCUGUUUACUAGGUUGAUAUUUAUAUGGAAGUGCCUCUGGACAUUCAUAGGGCAUCAAGAUUCAAUUUUAAUUUUUUUUAAUUUAAGAUUCUUAUUU